AUUCAUCUUCCAUUAAAAAAGCAGAUCAAGAUAAACCAGGAAAUGAAGAGAAAUGCUGAGUGUUUGCUAAAUCAAGGCACGCCAGCCGCAUCCAUGUUACAAGAAACCCCGUUUGACAACUUGUGUCUGACAUCUCAAGCUGUUCUUGAGAGAGCCCAAAAACAAGGAAGAUCCAAAUGCCCCAGAUGUCACAGCUCAAGGAUGUUCUACUGCUAUUCAUGUUAUGUUCCGGUUGAAACUGUCCCUGUUGAAGAUAUUCCUAUUGUGAAGCUUCCCUUGAAGAUUGAUAUAAUUAAGCAUCCCAAUGAAACGGAUGGCAAAAGUACAGCUGUACAUGCCAAGCUUCUGGCAUCUGAAGAUGUUACCAUUUAUACAUAUCCGUGUAUUCCUGACUAUGAAGAAAUGCAACAUGAAAUUGCACUUAUUUUUCCUGGACCUAAUUCAGUUCCAAUAAGCAACAUUCCUCUCUCUUUACAAGCAAAAUGUAAGACGGAUACCAAGGGCUUAUUGGCAGAACCAGCACCCAAGUCUGCAAAGUGGGACCCAAGCCACAGUAGCAUCAUGAGUGAAGAUAAAUUGCCCAAGAGCGGAAAUGCACUGAAAAAAAUUGUAUUUAUCGACAGCACGUGGAAUCAAACAAACAAGAUAAUCACAGAUGAGCGGCUUCAAGGGUUGCUACAAAUCGAACUGAAAUCUAGGAAAACCUGCUUUUGGCGCCAUCAGAAAGGGAAACCAGAGACUUACCUCUCUACCAUUGAAGCAAUUUAUUACUUUCUAGUAGACUAUCACAAGGAGGUCUUAAAAGAAAAAUACGACGGACAAUACGACAAUUUGCUUUUCUUCUUCUCGUUUAUGUACAAGCUGAUCAGGAAAGCCAAGGAUUCUGCAGGGAAAAAGUGAAGCAUUCCUCAUGCAAAUGUCCCAAAAGGAACUGUGAUCCAUUACCCUUUAAAAUCAGUCCUUUAAACUAUAUAAUUAAGAUUCGAAUGACUGAAAUGGAUUUACAAGAUAGAAGGCUUACAGUUGCUGUCUUUUAAAUUUAAACUAAAUCCAAACUUCUACAGGCAAAACUUACAGCUGUUAAGGGAAGACUAUCCAAAACAAAGCUGGUGUCAACGCU